AUGUCUAUCAAAUUCAAUUGGAUCUUGAUGAUCUUAAUCUUCAUCAAUAGUUCACAAGCCCAGAUAGCAGCUACUGGUCCUUACACUUAUAGAACAAAUCCAAAUUUCCCAACCACUGGUAGAAUCACAACCGCUGAAUCGUUACAAGGAACUAGAGUCACAGCUACUAGAAGUACUGUCCCUGUUACCAGAAUUACACCAACUACUCAAACAACUAGAACAACUCAACAACAACAAACAACCCAGACAACUACUCAACAAACUUCUCAACCUCAGCCUACUCAACAAACUUCUCAACCAGCUACAUCGGAACCUGCACCAGAACCAUCAACUCAACCAACUACAGAAGCACCAUCAACUCAACCAACUACACAAACUCCUUCAGCUGAACCUACUGAAAACCCACAACCACAACCAGGCGUUUACUAUUCCACUACAACUGUUUUCACUACUGAACAAAUCCAAAAUACCAUUUAUUCAACAAUUUAUUCCACGGUUACAUUUAAUAAAGAUCAAACUUCCACCAUAACAAAUGAUGAAGUACGUACUGAAGUUGAUAAUACAGAGACUAUAUAUUCUCAAUCACUUAGUAAAUCAACAAGAUUAACUACAAUUCCAGGUCAACAAGUCACUUCAAAUUGGGUUGAAACCGUGACUGGCUGGUCAGAAUCUUUCACCACAAGUACAUUAACAAUCCCUUAUCCAAGUCUAUCAAUUGAUGUUAGUACAAUUACACAUUCAAAUUUACAAACUUAUUAUCAACCUGUUGAAACAGUCAUUACCAAUUUUGAAAAUUCAUUAGUUGUGUUACCAAAUACAACUUAUACUUCACAGGCAACAAAUAUUUUAACAUCAACUAGAUUUGAACAGUUCAUAACAACAAAUUUCAACUAUGAAUAUCAAACAAGUACUCAUACGGGUACCCAAUUUGCUACUUUAACUUAUACAAAUGGUCUUUGGUAUGGAGUUACAGAUUUAUUAAAUCAUGCUACAACUAUUCAAUCACCAGAUUCUGUGGAGACUCAAGUUGCAGAUUAUGAAUUUAUUUAUGGAAUCUCUACAAUAACAAAUUUCAAAACUAUAACUGAACAAAUUGCUCAAACAACAAUAUAUCAAACUAUCAGUUCCACCAUAACUUCAACUAUAACUGAAUAUAUCCAAAACGGUGAGACUAUUUAUCCAUUAGCUACAAUCACUUAUACAUUCACCUCAACAACUACUGAACAAGCUCAACCAACACAAACCCAAGCUCAACCUCAACCAACACAAACCCAAGCUCAACCUACUCAAACUGAACCACAACCACAACCUACUCAAUCACAACCUCCACAAACAACUCCAACACAAACAGUAACAGUAUCGGUUUCACCAUCAUCUAUCCAUACUGUGACUUCAACAACAAGUAUUUUACCAACAGAAUGUAUCCCAGCUUAUAAUGUUCAAACUAUAAGUAAUAGUGAUGAAGAAACAACUGAAGGUAUUUUUGAAAUUCAAACUCAAACCAAUGCUGGUAAUAAAUUGAACAUUGGUGGGUUAAGUAUUUUAGUUUUGAUUAUUAGUAGCUUUAUGUUUUAA